GCUAGAGACCAUAGUUGGCAGGAUCCCUGUCUGGAUUCUGUGAGUCUUAGAUUGAGUCAGUAGGUUUGUCAGUCAGGGGUUAGAGUCUACGUGGUGAGGAGUGGAAUCAUUGUGAUUGUGCACCUAUCACCAUGGUGGACCUGCGUAGUGGGAAGAGCACUAGCCCCUACACCGCCGAGCAGCAAGAGAAGAUGGUCGCCUUAGUUAAGGAGAAUAGGGAGAGAAAAGAACGUGAGAAGCAAGCGAAGUUAAAGGCAAUUGCAGAGGAACAGGCGGCGAAGAUGAAGGAAUUGGAGGAUGAGAUGGAGAAAAAGAAAAAGGCUGCUGAAGAAGAAGCGGCGACAAAGGAAGCAAAAGAGAGAAUGCGGAUUGAGAGUGGAGAAGGAGGUAGUGGCACGAAGAGGGACACAGACGCAGAAAUGGAGAAGAGAAUAAGCGAGUGGGUUGCUAAUUUAUCGUUGGGAGCAGAUGAGGAGGCAGAGUCUUAUGUGACUGAGGAUGAGAGGGCAGCGCUAGCCAGUGAGCUAGCCGCAAUGACAGACCCUAUGGAACGGCGAGAAAGGGAGGAGGAGCCGAAAUUGGCAUGGAAGUUGAGGAUGAAGAAGGAGAAGAAGAGGAGGAGAGAGGAAGUCAAUAAGUUGACCGCAGAGGUGGCAAAGGUGCAGGAGUGUAGGGCGGAAGUGUUGGCCCAGCCAGAUGACAAGGCCAAGUGGGAUAAGGUAUUGGGGUACCUAGAGGUGUUGAGCCAAGCCUGGAUGGAGGAGCACCAGGCCAGCUGGAGCCAAGACGUAGCUUUGAGUGCUAUGCGGUCAGGGUUCAGAGACUUUGCGUGCGAGAUCGUCAUCCACAUUGGGGGCGAAGUCAUCAUGUCGAGCCGCAAGUAUGAAGCCAGCCUUGUGAAGCGCCAUUUUGAUGUCCUUGGCCCCGCGGGCAAGGAUCCUUCGAAGGGGGGAAAGUGGUGGCUUUGCCAUUACUGCGAUCUGAAAUUUUCGGGCAAUCUCAAUCGCCUGAGGGAACAUUUCACGAAGGGGAUUUGCGCAGUUGAGAAAUCAACGAAAACAUUGACCACAAAGGAAAUCUUGAGAAGGAAGGAAGGAUUGCGGCAGGCAAGGAUAGACUCGGGCAUGCCGAGGGACGGUGCCAAUGCCCUACCUGUUGUCACCAAUUUGGUGGCUGCUUCUAUGAUCGAAGGGGUGGGUGACGCUUGUGACGAAGCAGCGAGAGUCGCUUGUGGCGAAGGGGUGGGCGGCAGCGGGCCAGGUAUCACGGUGCAGCGCACAGGUGCAUCUGCUGCACCUGCUGCAGGGAUGCGACAAAUGUUGUUGGAGGACACCGACUGCGUCGUCACAAAGAAUGAGCAGACGUCAAGAAGAGUAGACCGCUGGAUGACGUGCACGAACCAGCCAUUCAACAUGGUUGAGAACGAGUUCUUCAACGACAUGGUGGACACCAUACGAGAGGCCCACCCGUCAUGGAGACUGCACUCGAGAGAGGUGGCGCGUAAUGGCCGAUUAAACGGACAGCACCAGAAGGCGAUCGAGGACGUUGGGAGAUUGGCGAAGAAGUGGGAUCGCACCGGCUGUAUGGUGCAAGUAGAUGGGUGGUCUGACUGGUGGGGAAGACCACACGUAAGCAUUAUGGUGUCCUCUCCCAUCGGCACCGUCUUUUGGAAGUCGGUAUGCGUAGCGGGAAAGGACAAAGACGCCUGUGCGUACUACAGAAUACUCUCCACUGCGAUUGAGGAGAUUGGCCCAAGAAGCGUGGUUGGGGUGAUCAUGGAUAAUGCCCGGGUUUGUGUGAAGGCCGGGAAGUUGGUGGAGAAAAAAUACCCGUGGAUAUUUCGAGUGGGUUGCACGGCGCAUGCCCUUGACCUCGCGUUGGAGGACAUGGACAAGCGCAUUCCGUGGUUUGCGGAGACUGUGAAGAGGGGGAAUGUGUUGGGGAAGUUCGUGAUGAACCACGACAAGGUUCGAGCACUCUUCCUGACCAAAUCGGGUGGUGGCGAGAUUAAGAGGCCAGGCGACACUCGAUUCGUGACCAACAUCAUCAUGUUGCAGUCGCUGUGGGACAGGGGAAAUAUCCUGAAAUUGACUGUGGCUGCCAGCGGGUGGGUCUCCUCCCUGGUGCCGCCCCACCUGCGUUCUCAAUUCGAGGAGGUGACGGCGACUAUCUUGGAUGGCGGUUUUUGGAAGCGGGUGGACAAGGCCUUGACGACCACGGAGCCCAUCGUCAAGCUACUGAAGCUCGUCGAUGGUUCGGGCGCAACAAUCGCCAAGGUUUAUCAUCGAAUGGAUGGUGUGGUGGAGUCGAUUCGCAAGCUGGACAUCUUGGCAGACUUCGAGAAGGCGGAGGUCGAGUCGAUCCUCAUGGAUCGACGGGCGUUUAUGACUUCAGAGCUGCAUUGUGCAGCAGCCUUCUUGGACCUGGAGUACAGAUCGCAGGGCUCCUUCAAAGGCACUGAGAUCCGAGCCGGGUUCAACAUAUGGUUGUAUACCUGGUGCACAUACGAGAUGUUUGAUAACGUGAGCUGGCAGGUUGAUGAGUGGGUGAACUUCAGGGGGGCCUUGCAAUCAGAGGAAGCUUUGCACGCAGCACUCACCAAGACCCCGGCGAUGUGGUGGGAUGCGUUUGUAUCGCAGCUGCAUCUUUUGCAGCCUCAAGCAAUCAGACUGUUGGGCCAGGCAAGCUCAUCCACGGCAUGCGAACGCAACUGGAGUUUGCAUGAGCUCGUUUUUGGCAGGAGGAGGACGAGGAUUCUGCCCACACGCCUAUCAAAGCUCGUCUACAACAAUUGGAACCUCCACCGGCAGUGGAGGCAAGAGUGCGGCCGUGGUGUGGAUGAUGUCCACACUCCGUGGGUGGAAGAAAUGUCGGACGUCGAGUUGAAGGAGGAGGCAGAGCAGUUGUACAAUGAUUGGGUGAAACGGGUGAAGAACAGCAUGCUAAGUGGCGAGAAUGACGCGUCGGACGGGGAAGGCGAGUCGGAGGACGACGACGAUGGCGAGGAAGUGCCUAUGGCAAGGAGGUGGUUGCGCAAUGACGAGGUGGACAAUGCAAUGGACCAGGAGGAGGGCCUUGCGCACAUAGAUAAGUACACGAACGACUGGCGCGUCAACACUCGACCGGGGAGACAGCUGGAGCGUGCCUUGCAGAGGUUGUCGGGCCAUCAACACCCAACAUCUGAAGUGCAGUAUAACAAGGAGGACCGGGAGCUUGCGCUGCGGGCUCGAGAGACGGGUGAUUGGGUGGAGGGUCGAAAGAAAGGCGGAAGCAGCAGGCAACGUAAAGUGCGGCUCGGUGAUGAGGGUCGCCGUCACGGUAGACGUGCUGCGGAGGAGGUCAUUGCACCUCCGGAGAAACGGAAGAGAGAACGACCGACCAACAAAGAGGCCGCAGCAAGAAAAGCAGCAAUGCGAGCUGAAAAGAAAAAGGCAGCGUUGGAAGCAUUGAGAAAAAAAAAAUCCGCCGGAAAGAAAAAAGCAGCAACAAAAACAAGAAAGAGGGACGACAUCAUCGACGAUGACGGCACAAAAGCAUGUUCAUCGUCUUCAUCUUCAUCAGAGGAAGAGGAUGAUGAAGGUCAUGAUGCCAACGACGGAGAACCGCGGAGUGUAGAGGAGGGAACUGAGCGUGAGGAGGAGGAAGAGGAAGGCAAGGAGGAAGAGGAAGGCGAGGAGGAAGAGGAAGGCGAAGAGGAAGAGGAAGGGGAGGAGAAAGGAAGGGGUCGCAGAGGAAGAGGGUGAGACUUCUGCACAGGGAGGUGCAGAGGAUUAGGAAAUUUCGGCUGAGUUGAUGUCGCUGACUGCAAAGUUUGCGGUUUCGC